UAAGAUCCUCACCCGGACAGCAGGAAAUCUCGCGAGAUUAAAUUGACAAGAUGUCUGAAGGAGAGCUGAGUAGGAAGUGGGAUCGCUGUCUUGCAGAUAGCGUCGUAAAACUUGGAGCUGGCUUGGGUUUAGGAAUAGUUUUUUCUGUCAUUUUCUUCAAACGACGUACCUGGCCUAUUGCCUUUGGUUCAGGAAUGGGGAUUGGAAUGGCAUACUCCAACUGCCAGCAUGAUUUUCAGGCUCCCUAUUUACUGCACGGAAAAUUUGUUAAGGAGCAGUAAUGAAGCUGUGGAUGCAUGCUCAAGAGUUUGCUGCUACGUUUCGCUUUUUGCUCUGUCCUGUUCUCAUUUAUCCACUCUGUCUAUUUUUGAUUGUCAAUAAAGUUAUCUAAAAAUA